GGGGGGCGGGAGCGACCGGGGGGCGGUGGCGCUUGAUGGCGGCGAUGGCGGCGCCGGCGGCCGUCCCGUGUUCGCCUCCCGUCCCUUGCUCGGCUCCCGUCCCGGCCUUUUGCCGCUCGGUGCAUUGGUUCCGCCGCGGCCUGCGUCUACACGAUAAUCCGGCGCUGCAGGAAGCGCUGCGGGACGCGGCGUCUCUUCGUUGCAUCUAUAUCUUGGACCCCUGGUUCGCCGCCUCUUCCGCCGUGGGCAUCAACCGAUGGCGAUUUCUACUCCAGUCUCUGGAGGAUCUGGACAACAGCUUAAGGAAAAUGAACUCCCGCUUGUUUGUUGUGCGAGGACAGCCAACAGAUGUCUUCCCAAGACUCUUCAAAGAAUGGGGAGUCACUCGUCUCACCUUCGAAUACGACUCGGAGCCAUUUGGUAAGGAGAGAGAUGCAGCUAUCAUCAAACUGGCCAAGGAGGCUGGCGUGGAGGUGGUGAUAGAGAACUCCCACACCCUCUAUGACCUGGACAGAAUAAUUGAGCUGAAUGGCCACAAGCCACCACUCACCUACAAGCGCUUCCAGGCCAUCAUCAGCCGUAUGGAGCUCCCAAAGAAGCCAGUGAGCACCAUAAUGAGCCAGCAGAUGGAGACAUGUAAAGUGGACAUCCAGGAGAACCACGAUGAUGUCUAUGGGGUCCCAUCCCUGGAAGAGCUGGGCUUUCCUACAGAGGGUCUUGGCCCUGCAGUUUGGCACGGAGGGGAGACAGAAGCUUUGGCACGUCUGGAUAAACACUUGGAAAGAAAGGCUUGGGUUGCAAAUUAUGAAAGACCAAGGAUGAAUGCCAAUUCCUUGCUGGCCAGCCCUACAGGACUCAGUCCCUACCUGCGUUUCGGCUGUUUGUCCUGCCGCUUGUUUUACUAUCGUCUCUGGGAGCUGUAUAAGAAGGUGAAGAGGAACAGCACACCCCCCCUCUCUCUGUAUGGACAGCUUCUCUGGAGGGAGUUUUUCUACACAGCAGCCACUAACAACCCAAAGUUUGAUCGCAUGGAGGGCAACCCCAUCUGCAUCCAAAUCCCCUGGGAUAGGAACCCUGAAGCCUUGGCAAAGUGGGCAGAGGGCAAGACAGGCUUCCCUUGGAUCGAUGCAAUCAUGACCCAGCUGAGGCAGGAGGGGUGGAUCCACCAUCUGGCCAGGCAUGCAGUGGCCUGCUUCCUUACCAGGGGUGACCUCUGGAUCAGCUGGGAGUCAGGAGUCAGGGUAUUUGAUGAGCUGUUGCUGGAUGCAGAUUUCAGUGUCAAUGCAGGCAGCUGGAUGUGGCUCUCGUGCAGCGCGUUCUUCCAGCAGUUCUUCCACUGUUACUGCCCCGUGGGCUUUGGACGUCGCACAGACCCCAGUGGUGACUAUGUUAAGAGGUAUCUGCCCAAACUGAAGGGCUUCCCCUCACGGUAUAUCUAUGAACCAUGGAAUGCCCCAGAGGCUGUGCAGAAAGCAGCAAAGUGCAUCAUUGGGGUGGAUUAUCCCAAACCCAUGGUGAACCACGCAGAAACCAGCCGACUGAACAUCGAACGCAUGAAGCAGAUUUACCAGCAGCUGUCACGCUACAGGGGACUCUGUUUACUGGCAUCAGUCCCUUCAUGUGUGGAAGAUCUUGGUGGCCCAGUCACAGACUCAACUUCAGGGCAGGGCUGCAGCACCAGUGCAGCAAUGAGGCUGCUGCAGGCAGACCCAGCUUCUCCGAAGCGCAAACACGAGGGAGCAGAGGAGCUGUACUCUGAAGAGCUGUACAAACGGGCCAAAAUGACAGGUCUCCCUGCUUCAGAGAUCCCUGACAAGAGUUCAUGAUUCCAGUGACAAACACCUUGCAAGUGAAGAGCGAGUGCUGAAGAGGUGACCAGAGGAGUAGGAACUGCUGCUACAGAGGGACUGGAACAUGUGGUCUGCGACAGGAAAUCUGGGGUCUCAUACAAACCUGUAAUUCCAACAGUUGCCACAAAAGGGCACUGUGUUUGUGCUUGGAAAUACUUGGCUUUCUGACCUCCAGAGAGCCAAGUAGGUCUCAUCCAUGCCCAAAAUCUGCCCACGUUUAAGGAAGCAAGAACCUUCUGUUAACUUGUUCCCUCCCAGCUGUGUGUGUGUCUCCUCUGGCAGCAGCUCAGUGUGUGUGACUUGGUGCAUUGACACAAGGAGCAACAUCUGCACACCUCAGAAAUUGUAAAUUUCCUUUCUCAUCACUAGUACUAGGCAGUGAUGUGUGCUGAUUAAUUCAGAUUAUAGUAGGAGAUGAGAAGGAAGCUGCUACUGUGUCAAAAAUAGAGUACCCAUCCUACAAGAGGACAGGAAAAAUCUCAGUAUUUCCUUUGUUAGGCUAGACCAACAGGGAUAUAAAUGCUUUCUUUGUAAAUCAAAGUGAUACUUGUGGGGUGGAAAGGAAAUGAAGGACAGCUUGUAGCACAAGAACAAAAAUAUACAAAGUGUUAUUACACUCGAAAGGCACUUAAAACUUUUCUCUGCUGCAAGGUGGCAUACAGUGCAGCUUCAGAGCAGUUUGACAUUUGAGGAAAUGGAACACUGAGAGAAGAAAGGAUAUUUCAGAGAAUAAGAUCAUGCCUUGAUUUGAGUCAAGCAGUCUCCCAGAAGCUUGCUGGUCCAUAUAAUAAGGGAGCUACACCUGCACUCUACAGCAUUUCCUUCCCUGAGUGUGAGCUCUCAGAUGGAGUCACCAGUGUCUGGUGUGUAGCCUGUGGAGUGCCUCCUACUGAUAGGAGAUGUGUUACACAUCAGCUCCUUGAAGUGAGUCUUCCUCAGGCUUUAGUGCCCUGCCCAUAUUCUAUAGAUGUUUGCUCUUUCUGUGCUGGCAUCUGUGCUUUGAUUUUUCUACACAUUGCACUCCUGUACCUCCUAACCUGCACACUGCUUCUUGCCAUUAGCAUUCACACUGGUGCUUUGUAGUCUAGCAGGACAAUUGUGUGCUUUCCUGGCUUUUAACCAUCCACUCCUUGGCCUGCUCCUCUUGCAUGUCAUUUCAACACUGCUGGCAGAGCACCUCUGCUUGCUUUCCUACAUAAGAGGGCAGGAGAGUGUAGUACUGCAGAAGAGCUUUUUUGACCAUUUUCAAUAGGGAUUACACUGAAUAGCUCAUCGUGUGUGAUGGGUUCCUCUUGAUACUGUUUACAUUUGCUGUCCAAAACCUUUCAUCGCUUCCUGGCACAGGUAGUGUGGGGCUAUAUGUGAGCUUAUGCAACUAACAGCUUGGGGAGCACAGGAGUUGUCUCCCAGACUUGGGGUAAUCAAGCUCAGUUUUGGAUCCCAUUUUUGAACCCAGAGGAAUGGGGCUGCAAAUAAAAACCGAUUCAAAUGUACCUGGCAAGCCUGGAGUGGCUGAAUUGGGUCUGUGAGUUAAUUUAUUGAAUAGUCAAGUAACCCUUCCUGCUCAUCUCCCUAGGGCAUUGAGCCUAGACUGCCUUUCCCCAGGGAAUUCACUGGGCAGACUGGCCAAGUAAACAGGAGUCACUUUUCCUGCCCUUACUUUCUUGUAAACUAUUCAUAGAAUCUGUGCAGUGGAUAACAGAGCAAUCAACAAGUUUUGCCUCCUCCCAUCUGACCCAGACUUUACCCUCACUGUCUUGAGGGUGGAAAGGUAUAAAGAAAGAGACAGUUCCCUGUCUUCUCCUGCAGAGAGAAGAAAGGGGAAAGACAUGCACAUAGUGCACUUUGAUUAUAGAGAUUGUGUCUUUUGUCAUUUGGAGUUUCAUGUUUAGGCAAUGAUCUGUAAAUACAACUUUUAUAUAUAUAUAAAUGUCUUUAAACCCUCUCUUUGCUGUCAUCUAAAUUGUUUCUUUUGGUAAGAGGCAUUUUUGGAGCUGGAUCCAUGGGUGUAAGGAACCAAAGCAAGGGGAAGCAACAUCUCUUAGGUGAUCUCUUGGAAGGCUUUGCAGAUGAGGAGGAAAUCACAUUUGCAAGAUUUCUGUUGUAGUUUGUGAUGUGGAUGGUGGCACCUAAAAGAGCUGUAGGUUCAGGUAGUAAAACUGGGAAGGACACAGAAACUUAGGGCCAGCCAAAGAUGGGGGAAAGCUUCCUGCAAGAAACCUGUUAAGUAGAUGGGGAUUCACCCCCUCAUAGCUUUUCCAAUUGAAAUUAUAACGAUGUUUAAAACAGUGUGACAAAGGAGCGGGGGGUGAUUGUUUUCUGUAAUGUUUAGGUGUGGGCAUGUUCAAUUAAACUACAAGAUGACAGAUUGAACAAGACUGCACUUUCAUUACACAGAUGUUUUGGUGGCAAGCUCUUCCUAAUUUGUGGUCUAAUUUGUGGUUAACAGUUUGACUGAGCUAAAAAAAAACAACUUGACCAGUUCUUGGGGAAAGAAAAUGCCAUCAAUAACCAUUAAUGAAGAUACCAUCUUUCUGUCAGUAAGGAUCAAAGGAUUGUUGGAGGCUGAGAUCAUGAAAUGGGUGCCAAUUUGGGGACUUCAUUUCCUGGGGUAGCAACUCUUGUCUGGGGCUAGGUGACAAUAUGUGAUCUGAUACAGGCACCCCCAGAGCAGGCAGAGGGUGAGCUCUUUGCUGGGGGAGAGAGAGCAGUUGGGUUUUCAGGAUGGUCCCAAGAGUGGUGCUGGAGGCUUCUUUAGGGAGAGAGCUUGGGCACUGGGACAGGGAGUUGCUACAGAGCUCUGAACAACAUGAACACUACUCAGUGUGGUUCUCCUAUCAGUGACUGACCCUUUUCUCACAGUUUUUCAGAUGGGUGAGUUAAACUAAAACACCAUGACUUAGCAGUCCAGUCACUAGCUAGGGUGCAGUUUGAGUGGAGUUCUGCUUGUGCAUUAUGCCAUGCUUCUCAGUACUCCUGUGUAGAGCCAGUUACUGGAACCUUUUUAUUUAUUUCUCUUAGUAGAAUUGCAUGGGGUACCUUAUUUUCUUAGCAACCAGCAAGACUCAAGGAAUCACAAGUAGCUGUGACAUUUCUUGUCAAGGUUUGGUAGUGGGGCUGAUGUAGAACAGAAGGAAGCCUUUGUAUCAGUUUGGGUAUUUUCAGUUUGGGUAUUUAUCUCAGUUUGGGUAAUACCAGUGAUUGUUGGAUUGUUCUUAACAAAGACACAGUAUUAAAACACUUUGCAAAU